AUGGAUAAAGAAAUAGAUGUUGACCACUUAAUUAAAGCACCGUAUCUAAAGUUUUAUGAAGAAUAUCAUGAAAUUUUUAAGAUGGCAAAGCCUGGAUUUAAAGUAACUCAAAAAAAUGUUGAUAGAGUUAAAACUUUUGUAACAAGAUGGAAGCCUCUUUUACGUGGAGAAGGAUUAGAAUUCGGAAGUUUUGAAGUUAAAGAAAUGGGUAAAAAUAAAAUAGAAAAUGUUAAUCUUAACAGAAAUGAAAUGAUUAAAAUUUAUGGUGCAUCUAGUAAUUUGUAUAUUAAAGCAU